CUCGCACAACCCGCGACAGCGGUGCUCUCGCAGCUCGAGCUGGCGCGCAAGUAGAGGCAUGCCCCCUGGCCAAUGCCACAGCCACCGCUACUGUGAUAUCGCGGAAUAUGGAGGCAGAGCUGGGCGCACCUGGUGUUGCUGAGGCCGGCGGAGGAGACGGGAUGAUGGGGGGGAACGUAAUACAGAGAGCGCCGCGAGAAGCAGCCGCCGCAGCAGCAGCUGCGGCUUGGUCGGACGCCCGUCCGCUCUCGGAGCAGCUACCGACCUACCCGGCUACUUGUGUUCUGUCCGCUGUGCUCGUGACGGUUUUCCUUGCGAUGUGGAGGAGGCGUGUGUCGGCGGCCUCGAUGGGGUCGAGCUACCGGAACCUCUUGGUGCGGCAGGAAUGGUGGCGGGUGGUGACGGCCGCCGUCGCUCACGGCGGGCUGCUGCACCUCGCGUUCAGCAUUUCCUCCCUCUGGUCCUGCAGGAGGAUUGAGACGGAGCUUGGCUCUUGGGGUUACCUGUUAGCUUCGGCGCACUUCGUUGUCCUCGCUGAGGUGUUCGAGAAGAUGUUCAUGCACGUCCUGCUUAGAACCGGCCGCGUUGUCGAUGAGGUUUCGUGCGGAUAUUCCGGGGUCGUCUUCGCGUGGAUAGUGGUUCUCUCCUUGAGGCCAGACGCGCCGGCGCGAGUCAUCGGGGGGUUCGUGUUCAGCGGUUUCGCGAGCGUCGUCUUGAAUUUGGUGGUUGUCCGAAUUCUGAUACGCCAAUCAAGUUUCGUCGGGCACUUGGCGGGGGUGUGGGCGGGACUGUUGUUCUCCACCGGGGCGCUAGACUUCGCCAGGGAAGACCGUUACUGGAGCUUGGGCCUAGCCGCCUGGGCACUCGCGGUGCUUCUCGGCAGCCUCAAAGCGACAACGACGAUCCCGAUACCGCUCAUCGACUACGUCGACCUGUCAGGGCGGGAUGAUCUGGGCGUUGGUGUUGCCCCACUGGACUGGAGCAAUCGAGAAUGGUUGGAAGACUGGGCGGCGGCAAACGCUUGACUGCUGUUGGCAGUGGACGGCGCAUUUUCGUCGCACCAAACUUCUUUGCGGCGAUUUAGCAGCACCAGCAGCAAACAUUUGACGUCUUUCGCGUCCCUUGUUUUUUUUCGUCGUAAGAGUCCAACACUUGCGGGGUAUAGGUUUUAACAUUGUCGGUUGUGCGCAGGCGCCCGCGCGACUUUUUUCUGGGAAAAGUAGAACCUCUCUACAUCUUCCUUCUGAUGAAGGUCGGAGCAGUUCAUAUGUACGUAGACUAUACAUGAUCCACACACACAUGAAGCCGGCAAUGUCUCUAGAUACUCCCCGACUUGUUCGUUUUGGUUCGCUCUCGGGAGGGAGAGUUGACGACGAUGACGACUCCCACCCCAACGUCGGGAAUGCUCGGCUUGGUUUGGCUACUUUUGCCGUGUGAUGGGUUGCGUCGUUUGGCGCAGUUCUUGCGUGGGAGAGGGUUGGGGCGUGGAGCGAAGGGAAAAACGGCGAACGGACCCAAAGCCUCGACCGGUGGCCGCUCUCGUGUUGUAAGUGUUCUUUAGUCGUUCGGUGUGUCUUCUCGCACGGGUGGGAGAUGAGAUGGCGCAAGAUUUUGUCGCCCUCGAAUCUCUCGCUUCCGUUCCUGGCUGUGGAAAGCGCUUUUCGUUUGCAAACUUCGAGAGGGAAAAGACAGCAGUGUGCUACACUUUCUCGGGUUCAAAAAUCAAACGCAACCGCCGCAGGAGGGGUUGGGUAGGUGGACUCACGUUCUUCUGUGUGACGAUGGGUUUGAGCUCCUACCGGCAGAAAAUGCUGUGAGCGCUGAAUGAAAUCGAGUGAUGAAAAAAAAUACCAAAAAAACAAGUGCUCUCGUCUGUCUGUGGCGUUUGUUUUCGUUGGUGCAGCACCGGCCG